AUGGAGCCCAGGAGAGACGAACUAACUCACGACGACAUCUGGGAUGACUCGGCCCUCAUCGACUCAUGGAAUGAUGCAUUGGAAGAGUAUAAGAAAUACCAUAGCAUCCACGCAAAAGGAGGCGCAGCGGUCGAUGACAUUCUAGCCCAAGCAAAAACUCGAAAGAAUGCCAAGCCUGAAACGGGAGAUGGAAGCCAGCCUAUGGAGGAAGGCGAAGUCGACCAGGCCGACGAAACACCCAAGAAUGGGCAGGGCACGGAUGUACACGAGGAUCGAGCCCCGACGGCUGUGCAAGGGGGGCAUACAACGAAUGCAGGGCCAUCAAAUCUCGGUCCGCAGACAAUACUAGGAUCAGUGGGAGAUGAGGGUUUGAGAAAGCUCCUGAUGUCUUGGUAUUACGCGGGAUAUUACACUGGACUCUACGAAGGGCAACAGCAACAACAGGCCAAGGAGGAAGGCCAAUGA